GUCCGUACCGGCAGGUCCCGGUCCCGGUCCCGGUCAUUGCAAGUUUGCAACACGGUCCCGCACCGCUCUCCUAUCGUCUCGUCUCCUCGGACCACCCAGUGGGCACGGCACGCCAGUUGCCGACGCGCCUCCUGCCACGGGCGCUCCCGCGGGAUUUCAGUUACCGGCCGCUUCGUCCCCGGAGCCAGGCAGGCAGGCAGGCGGCGGCAAUGCUGCUGGGCUCGCCCGUGAAGCGCCUGCUGCGGCGGGCGGCCAAGCGGCGGCUGGAGAAGGCCGAGCUGGCGUGGCUGGCCGCCGCGGCGCUGCUGCUGCUGCUGCUCCUCCUCCUCGGCGCCGCCUCGCUCCGCUGCUCGGCCGCCGCGCUGGUGGCCGCGCACGGGAGGCUGUGGGCCGGCGGGGUCUCCAUCGCGGCAUCGGCGGACGCGGACGCGGACCACCGGCCCGUCUCCGCGCCUCGUGCUGCGGCGGCGGGGAGUGGUGGCGGCGGUGAGGCCGCCGCCGCCGCCGACGACGAGGAGGAGGAGGAGUGCGACCUGUUCGACGGGGAGUGGGUCUGGGCCGGCGCCGGCGCCGGCGGCGGGUACCCGCUCUACCACUCCAGCGACUGCCCGUUCCUCGACGUCGGCUUCCGCUGCGCCGAGAACGGCCGACCCGACGCGUCCUACACCAAGUGGCGCUGGCAGCCGUCGCGCUGCCAUCUCCCCCGAUUUGAUGCCAAAGGCAUGCUGGAGAAGCUACGGAACAAAAGAGUGGUUUUUGUCGGUGAUUCAAUUGGAAGGAACCAAUGGGAGUCUCUACUUUGCAUGCUCUCUAGCGCUGUUCAUAACAAGAGCUCUAUCUAUGAAGUUAAUGGGAGUCCCAUCACAAAGCACAUGGGUUUCUUGAUUUUCAACUUUAGUGACUACAAUUGCACGGUGGAAUACUACAGAUCCCCUUUUAUAGUCCUUCAAGGCCGUGCGCCAGCAGGAGCCCCUGAGAUUGUUAGGUACAGUAUUCGAGUGGAUGCAAUGGAUUGGAUGUCUGACCGCGGCAAGUGGAAGGAUGCUGAUGUAUUGAUCUUCAACACUGGGCAUUGGUGGAACAAUGAGAAAACAAUCAGAGGGGGUGCCUACUUUCAAGUAGGAGAUGAGGUCAAAAUGGGCAUGAAUGUUGCAGAUGCUUACAGAAGAUCGAUACAGACAUUGUCCGAUUGGCUUCGCAAAGAAGUUAACCCAAGCAAGACUCAUGUCAUCUACCGCACAUAUGCUCCUGUGCAUUUCAGAGGUGGUGACUGGAAGACCGGUGGGAGCUGCCACUUAGAAACUCUUCCAGAUGUGAUGCCAGUGAAGUCCCUGGACGAAUGGGCCGACUUGCUUCAGCCCGUGGACGAUUUCCUAGGGAGCAACCUCAGAUCCAAGCUGGCUGGAUUAGACCUGCUUAACGUGACGAGAAUGACGGCGCAGAGAAAAGACGGCCACCUCUCAGUAUACCUGAGCCCCUCAGGACCUGUGCCCCGCUACAAACAGGAUUGCAGCCACUGGUGCCUGCCCGGAGUCCCUGAUGCCUGGAACGAGCUUCUCUACGCCCUUGUCAUGAGGAGGCAUAAGAAGAUGGGUCAGAAUGCUUCCCUUGCUGGCGCUAGGACACCCAACACUGAAGAGGGAGAUGGAGAUGUCUUCAGCCGACCAUCAUGACAAAACGAGCUUCAUAGCCAUCCUGGGCGAUGGGUUGGGACACACCAGUUAGUAUAGGAUGCCAGAGUGGCGAAACACAAUUUUGGACCAUGGGUGUUGUUUGCAGGAAGCUGCGUACCGCCCUGUUGUGUGCUGUGUUUGCAUAUGGUGAGGUUAGUGAAUCGCUGAGCUAGAGGCCAGUGGUAGUAUAGCUUUGUGUGGUGGAGGCAAAUUGUAUGGCUCGUGGAAUUGGCAUUGGCAGUGUACCUAGCUAGCUAGGGUUACUACAGCGAAUGGUGUAAAUAUGUAGCUGCGGAAGUGGGGGGGUGGUUUUAACUGAGACCUCACAGCAGUUACGAGGUGCAUGUUCAUGUGAUUCAAUAAUUUCUAAGCUGUACAAUUGUUGCUC